AUGACGAAACUUGGCCUUGCAGGUGAAGUGCAGAAGUUGGCUAUACCUGAUCUUAGGUUUCAACAGACCUUUCAAAAUGCCCUUAAAAGAGAGGCUAAAAAGAACAAGAAAAUAGGUACAGAGGGCAAUGACGACGAGAAUAUCAGCACCGCUGUGAUCUGCAAAGUGAUUUUGCGAGACGUCUUAUUUAUGCCCUUUGUUCAGGGUAUUCUUUGGACUUCGAUUUUGAUCGCAAUGAAGCCAUGGCUGCGAUUUACGGUACAACAGGGCCAAAUGUGCGGACAGAGACUAUACAAUUUUAUAUUGGGUAAGGAUUUGGUUCCAAGCAGACGAGGUCUGUGA